AUUGCUUUUGUUUUGUAAGUCACUUCACACAUUAGCGUCUCAACCUUAAACCCUGCUCCAAUAUCUCAGAAGUGCAAUGGCACUUCGAUGUAUCCUUAGAAAAUGGAAAACCCAUCGUUUAACUUCAUCAUUCCUCACACAAUUCACAUCAAAUCCAACAAAAACCAUCAACCCCAUCAGAGACAUUUCAUCUGCAUUAUCUUCAACACACUUUAUUACAUCAUUUGAACACAAAAACGUGACUGGUUUUAGAGAAUACCACGAUGGAAGACCAAGGGGUCCUCUUUGGAGAGGAAAGAAGCUCAUUGGUAAAGAAGCUCUUUAUGUGAUUUCUGGGUUGAAAAGGUUUAAAGAUGACGAAGAAAAGCUUCCUAAGUUCAUCACAACUCAUGUUUUAAGGUUAUUGAAGAUGGAUUUGAUUGCUGUUCUCACUGAACUUGAGCGACAACAGGAAGUUUCUCUCGCUCUCAAGGUCUUUCAGGUGAUGCAAAAGCAGGACUGGUACAAGCCUGACAUAUUCCUGUAUAAGGACUUAAUUAUUGCAUUAGCAAGGGCGAAAAGAAUGGAUGAUGUGUUGCAACUGUGGGAAAGUAUGAGGAAGGAGAAUCUGUUCCCUGAUUCUCAGACUUAUACUGAAGUCAUACGGGGCUUCUUGAGUAGCGGAUCUCCUGCAGAUGCGAUGAACGUAUAUGAGGACAUGAAGAAUUCUCCAGAUCCACCAGAGGAGUUGCCAUUCAGAAUUUUGUUGAAAGGUCUCCUGCCACAUCCUCUUUUGAGAAACAAAGUGAAACAAGAUUUUGAAGAGAUCUUUCCUGAUUCCAGUAUUUAUGAUCCACCGCAGGAGAUAUUUGGUGCACGCUGAGUUGCUCCUUGGAGAUGCAUUAUGGAAGAAGCAGGAUUGUGCAACAAAUGUGGAAGUAGUAAUUGUGGAUUAUGACUUCUGUCAUUAAAGUUUUGUGUGCAUUACUGGGUUCUGUGCUGGCUAGUUUGUAGACCAGGAUUGAUAUUUACUGUUUACUGUUAUUGAGUCCUCACUUGAUGAAGGUAAAGGUUUUAACGUUGAAACUGAUUGAACUUCCCUCAAUGGGGAAUCCACCUUAUCUGUAAUGUACAAAAUUGUCUUGGAAAGAAAAAGGAAAUCAUCAUCAUUAUUUUUUGCCCGGCA